AUGCCAUUGACUCUUCAUCACUUGGGAUUGUCCCAAUCUGAGCGCAUCAUUUGGCUCGCAGAAGAGCUCGGCCUGGACUACAACUUUGUCCAUCACAAAAGAGAUCCCAUAUUCGCUCCGAAAUCACUUAAAGACCUACAUCCUGCUGGCACCGCACCGGUUAUCGAAGAUGACCCAUCCCCAGUCACCAAUUCCAGAGUAGUUCUGACCGAGUCAGGCGCAAUCAUCGAUUAUCUCAUUGCCGUCCACGGCAACGGGCGUUUAGCACUUACACCCAAGGACGCCGACUACCCGCAUUUCAUUGAAUGGUACCAUUUUGCCAAUGGCUCAUUUCAACCACUGUGGAUAAGUAUCAUGAUGACCCGGGCCUCGAAGUGCGACCCCGACUCCCCGAUCCUGAAGUACCUUGAGCAGAGGGCGCACAGUAUCUACGCCAUGAUCGAUGCCAGAUUGGCAGAGACGGGAGCUUUUAUUGCCGGAAAAGAGCUGACCGCGGCUGAUAUUAUGAUAUUUUCUCUCUUUAACCACCAUCCGCGGCUUCAUUGUUACUCCUGA